GUGAGGUGACAGACCCCGCCCCCAGGCUGUCUGUGUAGGAACAAUCAGUCCCUGAUGUGAUGUGUCAGACUACUUUGAGGAUUUCAUUUUAGCUCUGAUGGUCCAUUCGUCGUUGUACACAUGGCAAUUCCCAUUACCAUCCUGGACUGUGACCUUCUGCUGUAUGGUCGGGGACACCGCACGCUUGACCGGUUUCGACUGGAGGAUGUUACGGAUGAAUACCUGCUUUCCACGUAUGGUUUCCCGCGGCCUUUCAUAGACUACCUGCUUGAGCUGCUGGGCGGAAGCCUGUCCAGACCCACGCAGCGCUCUAGAGCGAUCAGCCCAGAGACCCAGAUUAUGGCUGCUCUCGGGUUCUACACAUCGGGGUCAUUUCAGACACGCAUGGGAGACACUAUAGGGAUCAGCCAAGCCUCCAUGAGUCGUUGUGUCACCAACGUAACUGAAGCUUUAGUGGAGAGAGCCUCGCAGUUCAUAAGUUUUCCUCCUGAGGAAGCGUCAGUGCAGAAACUAAAGGAUGACUUCUAUAACCUGGCUGGGGUCCCCGGGGUCCUGGGAGCUGUGGACUGUAUGCACGUAACUAUCAAAGCCCCUAAUGCAGAGGACUUGUCUUAUGUGAACAGGAGGGGCCUGCAUUCUUUGAACUGUCUUCUAGUCUGUGAUGCUCAAGGGGUUCUCCUGUGGACUGAAACCCAACGGCCAGGCAGCACGCCGGACAACAUUGUCCUUCAUCAGUCUGAGCUCUCGUGUUUGUUUGAGACAAAAAUGCACAAGGAGGGCUGGAUGCUGGCGGACAGCGCAUUUCUUCUCCGGCCUUGGCUGAUGACCCCAGUGCAGAUACCUGAGAGCCCCCAAGAAUACCGUUACAACAUGGCCCAUACCGCCACUCACAGCGUCAUGGAGCGCACCCAGCGAGCUCUUCGCCACCGCUUCCGUUGUCUGGAUGGCUCCAGGGCUACAUUGCAGUAUUCUCCUGAAAAAUCCUCUCAGAUUGUCUUGGCCUGUUGCAUAUUACACAACAUCGCUCUACAGCAUGGCCUGGACAUCUGGUGUGAGGUUGGGUGCACUGUUCUGGAGGCCGAAGAGGACUGUAACAAUAUAGAGACGGUAGAGACAGAAGCUUAUCGCAUGAGGCAGGAGCUCGUCCUUACACAUUUCAGCUAACUUA